GUAAAACCCCUGUCUGUCUCUACACUUUUGCAGCUAAACGGAAGUUUGUCAACAAUGGCUUCCACGGGACUGAAAAUGCAGAAAUCGACCAAGAGGAAGGAUAGCGAAAGCUCUGAGAAAUUCAAUGCUCUCAAAUCAAAGAAGCCAAAGUUGGCGUCGUCUACUCCCGACAAGAAAAGCCAUACCAUUCAGAAUCAAAAGCCUGAACAACCUAAAUUUGGUAAACCGAAAUCUUUUGGAGACAAAGACAAGAGUGUUACGUUGUCCAAGAAGGAGCGUCGUGUUCAGGCUAAGGAGCUGACAGAAGCCAGGAAGAAGAGGAGGAAACCACAUUACACUCUUGAGCAAGAGCUUGCAUCUCUAUGGGAGAAGAUGAGGCGCCGUGACAUUGGCAAGGAAGAUCGAUCAAAGCUCAUAUCGGAAGCUAUACAGAAGAUGAAGGGGAAGAUCCCAGAGAUUGCAGUUUCUCAUCUUUCAUCUCGUGUUCUCCAGACGUGUGUGAAGUAUUGCUCACAAGCUGAAAAGGAAGCUGUCUUCAAAGAACUACAACCACACUUUCUUAACCUGGCUACUAAUACGUAUGCUGUUCACUUGUUAAAGAAGAUGUUGGAUGGAGCAUCUAAGCAGCAGCUGACAGAUUAUAUAUCCAGCCUCCGAAGACACGUGGCUCCCCUCCUCCGUCACAUGGUCGGAUCUAUUGUUGUGGAGUAUGCAUACAAUCUGGGAACUGCAGCACAAAAACAAGAACUCCUUGGGGAAUUGUAUUCUCCAGAGCUUCAGUUAUUCAAGGGCUUGACCUCAGCUACCGAAAAAAGGGUGGUAGACAUCAUCGCUAAGCGAGGGCUACAAAAAGGCACUGUUGUUCGACACAUGACUGGCAUUAUCCAACCAAUUCUUGAGAAGGGAAUUGUUGACCACUCUAUCAUACACAAAUUGCUGAUUGAAUACUUGACAAUUGCUGAUAAGACAUCUGCUGCAUUUGUGAUUCAGCAACUGACAGGCCCCCUUCUUUUACGUAUGGUUCAUACCCGUGAUGGUUCUAGGCUUGCUAUGCUUUGUAUCAAACAUGGAAGCGCCAAGGAGAGAAAGAAGAUUAUCAAAGCAAUGAAAGAUCAUGUUGCAAAGAUGGCUUCUGAUCAGUUUGGAAGUAUGGUUCUUGCAUGUAUUUUUUCUAUAGUUGAUGACACAAAGCUAGUGACCAAGAUGAUUGUUCGUGAGCUUGAGGCCACCUUAAAGGAUCUUGUUAUGGAAAAGAAUGGUAGGAGACCACUAUUGCAGCUACUUCAUCCAAAUUAUUCACGUUAUUUCAGCCACGAUGAUUUGGCGUCUCUUGAUCUCUCUGUUCCAUCACUGUGCUUAAUGGAUAAGUCAGAGACAUCCUCUGAAACAAAGGACUCAGAUGGUAAAGAAUCUGGUGAGGAGUUGAAAGAUGAACAAGAAGACACAGUAACUGAAAAUACAGAUAUUGAAGAAAAGGUCACUGUUGCAGCCAGUAAAAAAGAUCCCCUUUUGCGAAGGCAGGAGUUGCUAGUCAACAGUGGCCUUGCUGAGAGGCUUAUUGAUGUGUGUAUGGAGAACGCUGAGGAAUUCCUCAAGUCAAACGUUGGCAAAGAGGUCAUGUAUGAGGUUGCAAUGGGAGGCGCUGAUGGUAUUCUGUGCCCAUCUAUGAGCGAGAAGCUGCGUGAGCUGUACGAAGCCAUUGCCUCUGUAGCAGCAAUGCCGAAAACCCAAGAACCAGAGAAGAAGUCAGAGCACAUCCUGGAAGACUUUCAUUCAAGCAGAACCAUAAGAAGGCUUGUCUUGGAUUGCCCUGCUUUUGCUUCCAUUCUCUAUAAGAAGGCCUUGUCUGGAAAUUGUCGGUUGUGGGCUCAAGGACACUGUUCAAAGAUAAUAUCUGCUUUCCUAGAGACUGAAGAUCUUCAAGUGCGUGAGAUGGCCAAGGAAGAGCUUCAAGUGUUGGUGAACGAAGGUGCUCUGAAAAUCCCAGAAACCAAAAAAUCUGAGUGAUGCAGCUAGCCCAUCAUUGCUGAUUAACUUGGCGAGUUUAUGUCAAAUUUUGUCCUUUCUUCCUUCUGUUAUAGUUUUUCAUUAUUAUCUUCAUGCAGCUCUAAAAACCGCUGUUACCUAUUACAAAACUCAAUCUUUAAUUGCAUAUGUUUUACUUUAAUUGA